AUGAAGUUUUCCAAAGACCUCGGCCGUGGGGUUGGCAUCUUUGCCAUGCUUGCCGUGGCAGAUGCAGCUCUUCAUGAUCAGACCAUCAAGAUUCCCCAGGGAAAGUUGCAGGGCGCAGCUGCCUUCAAUAGCAGCAACGCGCCAUCCACCAUAUCCAACUGGAAGGAUAUCUCCGUUUGGAAGGGCAUUCCUUUCGCAGGCACCACAGCCGGCGAACACCGCUGGAGACCACCCCAACCUGCUCCAUCCUGGAACGGAACCUACAAGGCCACCUCCUUCGGACCAAGCUGCCCCAGUCAGUCGGCUGGUGAUGGUUACAGCGAGGACUGUUUGAGCAUCAACAUCUGGAGCUCCGCCACUUCGGUCGAUGCCAAACUACCCGUCAUGUUCUGGUCAUAUGCUGCUGGUGGUGAGUCCUCCCAGUCCACCUAUGAUGGCGCUGGUAUGGCUGGUAAAGAUAUCAUCUUUGUUAGCUACAACUACCGCACCGGACCCUUGGGCUGGCUCACUUUGCCUGAGCUAGAAAAUGAAACCGGCACAACGGGAAACUACGGCCUCUUGGACCAGAUUGCAGCUCUCAAAUGGGUUCAUGAAAACAUUGCAGCGUUCGGUGGAGACCCUGAGGCAAUUACCGCGGCUGGACAAUCCUUCGGCUCAGGAGCAAGCUACCAUAUACUUAAUAGCCCUCUCUCCAAAGGCCUGAUUAAGGGAGUGAUCGCGGAAAGUGGCCUCAAGGACCCAUACGACCCGAACAUGGUGGGAUACGGCAGUGACUAUCGGAACAUGACCUGGUCGAUGGAUUUCGGAAACAUCUUUUAUGAAUCAUUGAAUGUUUCUAGCCUGGCUGAGCUGAGAGCCAUGGAUCUUUCGACUGUGUUAACCGGAACUGGAACCUCUGCCUUCACCGGCUUUGACCCUGUCCUGAACAAUCACUCUAUCCCCCACAAGUACAUCCGUAGCUUGGAGGAAGGAGCGGCAAACAAUGUGCCAAUCCUGGUUGGUAACAACAAGGACGAGGACGGCAUCGAUCUGACCACAUCUUACAACGUGACACAGUAUGAAGAGGAGAUUAUCUCGAGCUAUGGAGACUACGCCGCCCAGCUCCUAGCUCUUCACCCGGCCAACACCACCGCCACCGCGACGGAUGCCUACAAUGCCAUCUUGCGUGCCGGAUACUGCACCUCCACGUGGUCAUUCGCCAACCGAUGGAGCAAGACCUCUGACCAGCCUAUCUACUACUACCUGUGGAGCUACUAUCCCUCGAGUAGUGGUGCCACUCAUGGCUCAGAGGUUGUGUACGCUCUGGGUAACCUGUAUGCUCAGUCCUCAAGCUACAGCGCGACUGACUAUGAGGUUGCGGAGAAGAUGUCGUCCUACUGGGCUAAUUUCGUCAAGACUCAGAACCCCAACAAGGGAGGGUCGAGCAGCAAUGGGACAUUGCCGUAUUGGGGGCCCAAUGUUCCCUCGCAAAAUAGUCAGUUCGAUUUGGGCACUUCCUGGAAGAAGAUUCCCAUCACUUCUAGCAUCAAGGAGAAGGAGGUUCUGCUGAAAUAUUUCAAGUCGGCUACUCCUAGCCCGUGCUAG